AUGGCGAUCCCGUCGCAGUCUUCGUCGGCCAAGAGUAAGGCUGCUCAACGACGCAGCGCGAAAUCCAGGACGAAAUCCAGAGCAUCGUCUAGUUCGUUGAAAUCGACCCGGCCACCCCUCCUCGUGGCUUCAAAGACCUCAACAAGGACAACGACCACGAGGACAUCAAAGACUGGUCCAUUGUCGUCAUCUUUGUCCUCAUCAUCGCUCUCGUCGAGGCACACCCGCGCUCUGAUCAAUACGCACCACCUGCUCCAAAAGCGGCUCGCACGCGCGCGCUCUAGGGGCGACACCACCGAGAUACGCGAGAUCGAGGCUCAGCUUGCCGCGCAGGGCGGGCUGAAGGCGUACCAACUCGCCAGCCGGACGGGCCAGAGCGCCGAGCGGGGCGGCGACUCCAGCCGCGUGCUAGUCGGCUGGCUCGACGAGGAGCUCAGGGCUCGCAAGGCCGCUCUUGCUGUUCUUCGUAGUGGUUGUCCUGAGCCGCGGCAGGGGGAGUGGCGCGCUCAGCACACCAACGACGACGACGAUGCCGACGGUGAUGACGCAGAGCAGGAUCGCAAUACCAAGCCAACAGGGCUAAAACCGCUCAGGAUCCUGGAGAUCGGGGCGCUGAGCACGCGCAACGCCCUCAACGUCGCGGGUGUCACGAGGGUGAGGAGGAUUGAUUUACGCAGCGCGGACGAGGGCAUCGAGGAGAUGGACUUUAUGCAUCUCCCUCUCCCGCUCCCUCACGACGCGGAAGGGAAGGGACGGUGGCAUGACGAGCGAGGAUACUAUGAUGUGCUCAGCCUCAGCCUCGUGCUGAAUUACGUGCCCGACCCCAAGGCACGAGGAGCGAUGCUGAAGCGCACGGCCUUGUUCUUCGCGCCACAACCACUACCACACGGGAAGAAGGACCGAAGAACUAAGGACGACGACCGCCAGAACCAAAGGGAUGUGGACGCGGACGUAGACGCGCUGCAACAACUCCCAUGCCUCUUCCUCGUCCUGCCCUCGUCUUGCCUGCACAACAGCCGCUAUCUCACCCCGCAGCAUCUGACCGCAAUCCUCAACUCGCUGGGCUACACGCACCUGCACACAAAGACCACCCGCAAACUGCACUAUAGUCUCUGGCGCUUCGACGGGCCAAGGGCCAGAGACGAGUGGAUAAAAAGUGGUGGCGACGUGGUGUUCAAGAAGAGGGAAAUCAAUCCUGGAGGCGGCAGGAACAAUUUCUGUAUCGUGCUGGAUGAUGACCAUCUGGAGUAA